AUGUCGAGCAGCAUAGAUCACGAUGCUCUUACGAGCGAGCUCAUGGCCAUGGCCGGAAUUUCCACCGAACAGGCCACCCAAUACCUUUCUGCCAACAAUUGGGAUCUCGCCGCCGCAGCUCAAGCAUACUUCGCCGACGAGGAAGAAGAUGACGCAGGUGCUCCUCUUGAUACUUCUACCUCUGCAGACUAUAGCAAUUAUACUGGUCCGCGCACUCUCGAUGGACGUCCUGCCCCGCAGUCUAUUCCUACCACGUCCAGCUCCUCCAAGCGAGCGCCCAAGAAGAAAGGACUUGCUACAUUAAGCUCAAUCGGUGGCGGCCACGGACAUGAUCAUGGUGAUGAUGACGACGACGAUGAAGACGAUGACUCGCAUAGGGACACAUAUGCUGGAGGCGAGAAGAGUGGACUUGCUAUUCAAGACCCGAAUCAACGUACAGAUAGUAGACAACUCGUGAACGAUCUUCUUGCGGAGGCUGCUGGCAAUUCGCAGCGUCCCGAGGCUUCUUCUCAAGCUGGCCCUUCCAGCGCGGCUUCUUUCCGCGGCGCCGGACAAACUCUCGGUGGCGAAGGCGCUCCUAGCCGCACGAUUCCAGACCCUCUCGGAGCUGCCGGUUCUGCUAGUCGUGCGCGUCCUACGGGCAAGGUUCAAGAGCGAACAUUACAUCUAUGGCGUGAUGGUUUCAGCGUCGACGACGGAGAGCUACGCCGUUUUGAUGAUCCCGAGAACACCGAUGCUUUGCGCAUGAUACAGCAAGGCCGUGCUCCCAUCCACCUGAUGAACGUUAGGCUUGACGAGCCUCUAGACGUCAAGCUUCAGCAGCACGACGAGAACUACCGACAACUUCCUAAAGUGUAUAAGCCGUUUGGUGGUGAGGGUCGCCGCUUAGGAAGCCCAGUUCCGGGAGAAUCUGCCGCUGCUGCUGCGGCUGCCGCUGUACCCUCCUCGUCGACCUCGAGCACACCAGCAGCAGCACAAUUGGCGGCGCCGAGUACGGCUGUAGACGACUCUCAGCCCACGGUCAUGAUCCGAAUCCAGAUGCCUGACGGUACGCGACUGCCGGCUCGAUUCAACACGUCGCAUACGGUCAACGACGUAUAUGACUUCAUCUCCCGAUCCUCCCCAGAAUUACGAGCUGGUGGAUGGGUGUUAGCUACGACGUUCCCCAACAAAGACCACACGGAUAAGUCAUUAGUACUAGGCGAUAUGGCCGAGUUCAAGAAGGGCGGUACUGCUAUGGUGAAGAAGAACAAAUGA